CCCACACGUAAUUUCAUCCCUGCAAAUCACUCAUUGCAUUGGGACUGGAAAGCCCAAUGGCUUGGAAGUUGAAGCGACGCAAAUUUCUCUGAAGUUUCAAAUUGAUCCAGUUUAUUUACAAUCCUCUCUCUCAAAUUUUCUCCGAAACCCAGUUAUCAUCGAAUCUACAGAUACAGGAUAUAUAAGCUGGUUUCUUGUAUAUAUGCUCUGCUGCUUCGAAACUCACUGAGGCGGGAAUGUUGCAUGUGUGCGUGCAGAACAAAGAAGGUCUUUUUGUGAGUAUAUGUGAACGCCUCUCUUCUUAUUUAUAUAUGUACUGGGAUAUGGAACAAAACCGUGUUUGUGAUUUUUAUUGAUAUACGAGAGAUGCAUGCUGGUAGUCCUUGUUUGAGUUCUGUAGCCAAGCGAACCAGAAGCCAAUGGGAAAUCUUUUAUAGAAAUUGGCACAAUGAGGUGAAGAAGGAAGAGGCUAGUGAAGCUGGUGUGGGUGAUAAUGAAGGUUCAUACUCGUUGAAUCCUGAAAAUAAUGAGAUUUCUAAGAAAAGGGGUGUGAAAAGGACAGGAGAGAGUGUCGAUGGGAAGAAUGCUGACUCAGUGGGUGGUGGUUCGAGGGGAAAGAAGAAAAGUGGUAAGAAGAUUGAUAGUGUUGAUGAUCAGAUUAUUGGCUCUUGUUCGAAAUCCGGGCCGAUUUCAAAUGUAGGGUGUGAUGCUUUUAAGAAAUGCGGGUUUUCUGAUGUUGAUGAGACAGCACAGGGUAGAGGAAGACCCCGAGUUGCACCUUCGAACGAGGGGAUGCAUGUAUCUAUUGAUGCUUCAGUUGAUUUAGGAAAGUCGGUUUUGUUUGUUGAUUCAGAAGAUUCAGAGAAGUCAAUGGAUUUGGAAUCAUCAGAUACUGCUAAUUCUAAUUCUGAUGAUUCAGGGAUGUUAGAAUCAAAUUCGAGCAGUGAAGAGGAGAAUGAUAAUUCUGAUAAGGAUAUUUCAUCGGCCCCUGGCAAUUCAGAUGUUUCAGAUACUGCUAAUUCUAAUUCUGAUGAUUCAGGGAUGUUAGAAUCAAAAUCGAGCAGUGAAGAGGAUUCUGACAAGGACUUUCAAGUUAAUAUUUCAUCGAUCUCUGGCGAUUCAGAUGUUUCUAGUUUUUGCAGUGAUGAUGCAUGUUGUGAUGGCAGUCCCAUCGAAAUUAAAAUCGAUUCCGAAGAAAAGGAGCGAACAUUUGUUCAUCAAGAGGAAAAAUGCAUCAAUGUUGGAAAUAGUAAGAUAAUUAAUGAGGAGAGAGACGGUGAAAUGGCUGGUUCAAAAAGAAAUUACGAACAAUAUUCAGAUUAUGGUUGUAUGGACAAUCCUCAGGAAGUUGGAGAUGGUACUAUGAAAUCGAGCAAGGAAGAGAAUGAGGAUUUAAACAAGAGUGGUUUAAAGAAGAGAAAAUUCUCUGGCAUACAAAAUUUGGCCGAUCGCAACGAGGAGCAUGAUAAAGAGCAAACGAGUAUGACAGGAUGCCUAAGACCCUGCAUGAUUUCUAGGCCUCAAAAGAAAAAUCUCAACUCACACUCCGAGAAUGAAGAGUCUAAAUCACAAACAAAGGAUAGCUGCAACACUAAAUGUGUGCAAAGAACAGAUCAAAAAGGAAGAAGGAAGGUAUGGACACCCAGAACAAAAAAUCUUGACUCAAUCAAGAUGUUGAUUAAUUCAAUAGAGAAGGAAGCACAGGAACCUGUGAAAAAGCAUACUUCUGUUGAUAUCAAUGCUAUGAAUCCAAAAUCCUUGCCAUUUAAGUUCAGGUUCGAGGAUGAGGAGCCAUCUCCGCCGGAGAAAUCAGAAUGGGAGAAGGAAAUUGAUUCUCUUUUCUGUGAUUUGGAUAUGGGUCUCCGGGAAUCUGAGUUCGGUUGCAAGAAUUCUUCAACAAGUAAUGAUGAUGAUGACAUCAUUCCGCAAGAUAUUGACUGCACUCCGGCUGCCCGUUGUAGUCGAGGGGAGCAUGAUCCUGUUCUUGACGAUCAGAUAGGAAUUAAAUGCAGAUAUUGUUCUGCUGUGAUUCUUGAAAUUGAAGAUAUCUUACCACCUUUUUAUACACCAUCUUCCGGGAGACAGGACAGGAAGUACUUUUAUGAAUCACAUAGCUGUAUCUUCAACGAGAAUCAGUUUCAGGACUCUGCUUGUGGAAAUCCCAGUUCUUCGUCUAUUCAUGAAGGAGACACUGUGUGGGAUUUGAUUCGUGGCACUAAAAGUAAAUUGUAUCCGCAUCAACGGGAAGGGUUUGAAUUUAUGUGGAGAAACAUAGCUGGAGAUAUUUUCAUUGAGAAACUGAGAAGGCAGUUUUCUGAAGAUGGUAAAGGAUGCAUUAUUUCACAUGCUCCUGGUACAGGCAAAACCCGACUCACCAUAGUGUUCCUCCAGUCAUUCAUGAAACUCUAUCCAACAUGCCGACCAGUGAUUAUUGCUCCCCGUGGCAUGCUCCUCACUUGGGAAGAUGAAUUUCGAAAAUGGAAUGUUGCCAUACCUUUUCACAAUUUGAAUAGUCUGGAGUUGUCUGCCGAGGAAAAUGCUGUUUCUCCGGAAAUUAUUAGCCAAGUAGGCUGUCACGGGAGGAGCCAGGAAUACAUUCGUUUGAUUAAGUUUUCCUCCUGGGUGAAGGGUAGUAGUAUCUUAGGAGUCAGCUACCAGCUGUUUGAGAAGCUUGUUGGGGAGCAUCGGAAAAAGGGAGAACAUGAUCAAAUCUGGAAACUACUGCUUAAAUUGCCCGAUCUUUUAGUACUGGAUGAAGGACACACCCCUCGCAAUCACCAAAGUAGAAUGUGGAAGGCUUUGACAAAGGUUGCAACAAACAGGCGCAUUAUCUUAUCUGGUACUCCUUUCCAGAACAAUUUUAGAGAGCUAUACAAUACACUAUGCCUUGUUAAUCCAAAGUUAAUGGAUAAGAUUGAUAAAAUUAGUCGAAGUUGCAAAAAGGGCUGGCGAGAGAUAAAUGGAAGUCGGGGAAAAUGGACAACUUCGUCUAAGUCUAUUGAUAAAACCAUGGACGAUGAAUCCACAAAGCUUAGAACCAUGAUCGAUCCAUUUGUACAUGUACAUAAAGGAAGUAUUCUUCAAGAAAGUCUUCCUGGAUUGAGGGAUUCUCUAGUUUUCUUGCGGCCGACUGAAUUGCAAAAAUCCUUGCUGGAAAUUGCUUCAAAAGCUAAGCCAUUUUUUCAUGAGGUUUGCUUGGUGUCCUUGAUCUCUGUUCACCCUUCGUUGGUGGCUAAAGAUGAAAUGUUCUCAGCUUUUAAGAGUGAAGUACAAAGGAUUGAAUCAACAAUUGAUGCAGGAGUAAAAUCAAAGUUUGUCAUUAAACUAAUAUGGCUAGCUGAUGCACUUGGUGAGAGGGUUUUGGUCUUCAGUACAUUUAUAAAUCCUUUAAUCUUCAUCAAGCAGCAGCUCGAGCAUCAUUUUUCUUGGAAAGAAGGAAGAGAAGUACUUUACAUGGAUGGGCAACUUGAAGAGCAUCAGCGUCAAAAUUCUAUAUGUUCUUUCAAUGAUUUUUCAAGUGAAGCUAAGGUGCUUCUUGCGUCAACAAGAGCAUGUUCCGAAGGAAUCAACUUGAUUGGGGCUUCUAGAGUUGUGUUGCUCGAUACUGCCUGGAAUCCAUCAGUUGAAAGGCAAGCCAUAAGCCGAGCAUAUCGGCUUGGUCAGAAAAGGGUUGUGCAUGUAUAUCACCUGAUCACAUCUGGGACUAUGGAGUUCAGAAAAUAUGCACUACAAGCUCAAAAAGAUCGCAUUUCGCAACUGAUAUUUUUUCCUACAGACGGACCACCGACUUGUGAUAGCGAAACAUCAAAUAUUGUUGCCGAAGAUAGAGUCUUUGAAGCACUGGUUGAAGAUAAAAGUUUCAGUCACAUUUUUGAAAAGAUAAUUCACCAACCAAAAGCAUCUGAUCUGAUUGAAACUUUUGAUUUUGUGGAUCACAACUCACAAGUGGUAACUCCAUCGUAAUGUUCCUGUUCCUUGGUGCAGAAUGGUAUGUCACAUACUUCAUUCAUGGGAAGAUUUUGUCUCUUGGUCUCCAUUUUUAACUCCACCAGUUGUACCCAAGGUUAGUAUGGUAUGGUAUGGUAUCCACGCAGCUUUUUCUCUCCCAUCAUUCUAGAUAUAUUGCGUCUCCUAUUGUCAUUUUGAAGAUUGAAGGUUAUUACCUUCAAUUUCUGUUACAGUUUUUGCAUUUUGUCUGCAAUUACUUGGAAUUUUAUUUGAUGGGGGAUACAAUGUUAAGUCUGCCUAUUUUAUCGAAUCAAACUUCUCCUCGGGAAA